AUGGAAUCCGGCGGCGGCGCCCGCGUACGGCGGCAGCUCCAAGCCGUGGGACGUGUCGCGGCGUACCUCGGCGGCGGCUUCCUCCUCCUCUCCACAGCAUCCACCGCCGCCGUCCGCUCCCUCCGCUUCCUCUCCGAUACCAACCAGAGAAAAUUCGCGAUGCAGUGUGGUGCCUGCGAGGGGAAGGGAACCUACGGGUGCAGGCUCUGCAGGGGUAGCGCCACGGUCGAAUGGUCUCCGCUCUACGACCCGGUGUUCGUUAACCCGUGUCUCUGCCCUACUUGUGAUGGUACCAGGGUACAGCGCUGCUUGAAUUGCCUGGGCAAAGGCUAUGCAUGA